GGGGCGCUCCGCGCAACGUCACGGCUAAUGGCGCUCGCUCUUUUAGGAAAGUGUACUCAUGGCGUCCGGUGUAGCGUGUUUAGCGGCGGCUUUUAUUUAGGAGUACGGAUUCGUUUUUCGGUGUAAUUCGACGCGGCUGCCCCGUGCUACCGACAUGCCGCUGUUCGGCAAAAAGGAUUCGCAACGAAAGAAGGACAAAGACGGUGUCAGUGUCGAGGAUAAAUAUGAGUUCAAGGAUCUACUCGGAACGGGGGCAUUCUCCCAGGUUGUGCUUGCGGAGAGUAAGGACACCCCAGGAGUCAUGCACGCCAUCAAGUGUAUCGACAAAAAGGCCCUCAAGGGGAAAGAGGACUCCCUGGAGAACGAAAUUAAAGUCCUCAGAAGGUUGAAGCAUCCAAAUAUAGUCCAGCUUCUGGAAACAUAUGAGGACAAAAACAAAGUCUACCUCGUUAUGGAACUUGUUACAGGGGGCGAGCUUUUUGACCGCAUUGUGGAGAAGGGGAGCUACACAGAGAAGGACGCCAGUGACUUGAUACGGCAGAUUCUGGAAGCUGUAGACUACAUGCAUUCACAAGGGGUUGUCCAUAGAGACCUGAAGCCCGAAAACCUGCUGUACUAUAGUCCGGAUGAAGAGUCCAAGAUAAUGAUCAGCGAUUUCGGGCUUUCCAAGAUGGAAGACUCUGGAAUCAUGGCGACGGCAUGCGGCACCCCCGGAUACGUCGCUCCAGAGGUUCUAGCUCAGAAACCUUACGGAAAAGCUGUCGAUGUCUGGUCUAUAGGAGUGAUCGCCUAUAUUUUGCUUUGUGGCUACCCGCCGUUCUAUGACGAAAGUGACGCCAACUUGUUUGCUCAGAUAUUGAAAGGAGAGUUUGAGUUUGAUUCACCUUACUGGGAUGAAAUCUCGGACUCAGCGAAGGACUUCAUCAGGCAUCAUUGCGUGGAUGUGGAGCGGAGAUACACCUGCAGACAGGCACUUGCGCACCCUUGGAUAUCUGGCAACACGGCCAGUGACAAGAACAUCCACGGCUCUGUCAGUGAGCAGCUGAAGAAGAACUUCGCCAAGACCAAAUGGAGGCAAGCUUACAACGCAACAGCGGUAAUCCGGCAGAUGCGGAAGCUCGCCAUGAGCAGCACGGGGACGUCUCAAGAUGGCGGCGCCCCCGCGGAUGCGUCCACCAGCGGACGGCCCCUGGCGGCGGCAUCGUCCACGGCCGCAGUGCCCGCCAACUCCGAAUGAGUCUCCUCCUCUCCACCGACCACUCUCUCUCUCAUUCCAGAUCACCUACGCGUUCUUUCUCGUCGGACCUUUUCUCUUUUUUGUUUCCACGUCAUGGCUCCACGUUUGUGUUCUUUGCCGCAUUUGACUGUGUUGUUUCUCUUCGCAUCUCACGUGUGUGCGCAUGUCUGCAUCUGAGUGAAUGCCGCUCUCUGUUCACACUUGUCACGCUUGUUCGUGGAGUGUUUUUGCAUUGCCUCGACCUUUAGUGGAAGCCGACUGGCAACGCGUAUCCCUUUGAAGGGGCCCUGCAAAUCACGGGAGCAGCCGUUCUCUCAAAAAUCUGCAUCCGUCUACCACACUGAUUGUGCUAAAGAGGCAUCAAGCUGAGCGCAGUGCAUUACGUGCAACGCGCACAAUUCUUGCGUCAUCAACGCGGCAGGACCCACACGUACACUGUGAUCGCCGUUUGAGACACAUAAUGGUGUUGCUUUCACCCCGGCGGUGCAUCGUCAUGGGUGGCAUGGUGACGAAAGGUCGAAAUACAGGAAAUGGCAAACCUAACGCAUUGCAGGGCUCCUUCAGGUAAAGGGUGUCCUAGCACUAGUAUAAAAGGAAGCUCCUAAGUGGUAUUUGUUGAUUACUGCGCCAGUAUCUGCUAAAACUGUUUGACGAUACUUGUCAACACAUUCUAAAUAUGUCUCCUGGUGAAGAAUCUAUCCUGAAGGCCCCCUUUUUGUGUUUUUGUGGUCUAAGAACCAGAGAAAGCGGCAGUCAGGAACACAGAGAAAUUGUGUGUUGCCUUUCACCUCAGUCUGAUACCGUUUAGUCAACGGAAAGUUUCAGAAAAUAUUGAAUUCUUAGGAAGUUGCUGACCAUGGUCAGAAAAACCGUGCAACGCCCUAUUGUUCGUGCUAAGGAACUUAAUUAUGGCCGCAGCAGUAUUGCGAUACCUCGGUUAUCUAUUUCCAAGUACUAGGUCACUGAUACUCCAUGUACCUUUAUUAUUUUUAUUAGCGUUCUCGUGAGACUUUCGUACAAAAAUUUUUUGUGUGAACGCUCUUAUCGUUGACAGUCUCUUUCUUCACGCAGUGCAAGUAAGCUAGACAGAAGGUGUCAACAAGACCAUGUUCAUAAUGUUAAUUUAUUGCUUAUGUUUAAACUUUAAUGCAAAUUUUUCUUGUUUUUCCAUGCAUUAGGUAUGUAAUAGUAGUUUAACUUCAUUAACAAUAACAUCUUCACGAGGCUUCCGUAUGAAGAUUUUCGCAUGAAUCUCUUUCAUUCUGGAUCACGUUAGUUUUAUUUUUUAUUUAUUAUUCCUUUUUUUCCGCUGAGUGCGAGUAAGUUAAACUGAUGCUGUCAAUAUGACCACACCCAUAAUCUUCAUCCACUGCUUGUGUGUGAACUUCAGUGCAGUAUGGAUUUGCAAAUUUUUUCGUUCACUGGCUUGAGGGAUAGACGACAUAUUUAUUUUAUUUCGCAGCUUUUGUUGUUCAUUGUAUGAUUCGUAAUGUGCAUGACGCAGAACCUGAACGCUGUAAACUAUUACACAUAACUUUUUUUUACAUUUCGUUAGUCUGAAUAAAUACGAAGAAUUGUUUCCAUGCGGGGAAGGCUUUGUAUGCACGUGGCGCUCUCUUCCCCUCUGGUAUUUGGAAGUCUUACUUCCGUGCAAGAGAUUUUUCUAUCAUUGAACCACUCGUUUUGAAGUAAAUUUAAAAAAAAUGGAACAAAAGAGCAUCAGUGACUAAAUGCUAUAAUUUAGGCAUGUGUGGUUUGUACACUACUUUUAAAUUCUUAUUUUUUUUAGAAUACUCGAACGUGCAAGUAUCAGAUUUUUUUCCUCAUUUACCUCACAUCCAUGGCCAUUCGCAUCACAAUUACGACAUCACCCAUCCAGUGCCCGUGUUAUUUUUACUUAGGGGCCAUUGUAAGCGACUUCUAAAUGCCUUUUGCGGCUUAAAGUGUGCUGUAGAGUUGCAGUACAUCUUCUCAGGGUCAAAUAAAACGAAAAGUUAACUUUCACAUAACGAAGUGACAUAAGCGAAUGUAUUAGGGAGGGUCAAUUAUUGCUUUCUCCUUAUCUGUUCUCUCCAUCAGUGCUGCCGUGGAUCAGCUGCACGAUUGCCUUUAAAACAUGCAUGCAACCCUCUCAUUGAUCCAUGCAUGUUUUCUGCUUAAGCGUGGUUUGAAUGUUUCCAUGGAAACUAGUCAGCCAUGGCAAUUAAAGGACCCCACCCACUAAGCAGUGUUAAGCAAUUAAGAAAAAUUCCAUAACAGGAACUUAACAAAUCAUCAGACCUAAUGAAUUAAUGCUAAAAUUUACUCACCGAUCUCAGGAUGUAAUGAAUACACUCUCCUAACGAAUAUUGUAUACAUCGAAGUUACAAUGAAGCUCUUCACCUUCAGGUGCAUAUGAAAGCACUUCAGAAGUGUUCAGAAUUGUGGGCUCAUACCUUGAAAGAUAUUUAUAGUGAGUACGUGUGCAUGCGCGAAGGUUCCUGAUAAAAAAAUGUCGCUAGAGGACACCCUGAUGCGAUUAAGCUACCACAGGACUUAUGGGUAAUGUGUGCAUUUGUUUAACCUCCAUUCUGGUGGGUUCGCGUGUUAGGUAUUCGUGGAGCUAAUAGUUAUCUACCAUCCUUCUAAAUAUGUAAGGAACUAAAUUUUUUUAUAAACGCAUGAAGGCAAUAGGUUUUCGUGGGCAGGCAUGAUUUUCAAGGAUUGUCACUCACGCAACACGAUAUUGUGUUGAAAUACGAGUCGGCAAAAUCGCAAAGCCAUUUGAAGUCAUAAGGACAAAGUCUAAGAAAAUCCGCGUGUUCUUCGCAACUGUGUGGAGACAAGAGUGGGGCGCCCGUGGGAAUGCAUGCGCUAAACAAAGUUUGAUCAUUGACGUGCCACAGCUCAAAAUUGCAAUGUUCCAAGUAACCUUGUAAACAAUAAUGUGAAGCUAUAAUGUUUUGAACUGAGGUUUGCCUGCUUCAUUUUGAAAGGUUAGAGCCCUCUUACUUGUCUUUUAUAUUCUUUUGUAUACAUCCCCUCUCACCACAUUAUGCCAUGUUCUUUACUUGUCCCCUUACCUAUGGAGCACGUCACCAUUUCACUGCGCUUGUAACGUUGGUGAUGCGCAAUGAAUCACCUGUGUUUGUCAUGGCCGCGGAUGUAUGGUGUCUUUUUGUUCACUGUUGUUGAAGGUGAUAACCUAUCCAUACUUCUCUUUAUUCACGACUUCUACUCUUCGGAGCGUAGGCUCACAUGACACUUGGUUAAGCAUUUUCGGUUUCGCUGUCUGCCAUGAUGUGUAGGUUUGAUAGCAACAGCAAGCUGUCGUAGAUGACUUUCCGAUAGGCAGGAGUGCCUCAUGGAGAAAGAUCGUUGAAAGAGCGUCCGACUUCGCUAAAGUGGUAGCCCUCCACUCGUGCAUUUUGUGCAAAACGCAAAACGGAGAAAGUAAACGACGCGGCGGCUUACGAGUGCCCAUUGGCAUGUGUUGUUCUAGGUAUCCCGAGCCUUUGGCCCUAGCUCUAACGAUCUCCAUCUUCUAGCUCUACGACUCCUAGUAGCACAACUUUCCGCAUUCAAGGGUACACGAAAUAUGUUGGGCAUGGAUUGCAUUGACAGUUGCGUCAUUUGCAAGUUAGCUUAGUAUUAGCGUAAAAGGAGGAGGUUGUCACAAGCCUGAGCAUUGUCGCACAUUGGACUGCCCUUGUUUCUGUGUGUUGGUCAAAUGGUCAUAGCCGUAACGACUUUUGUGGCACCUUCAUAGGCUCUUCUCUUUCAUUCUCAUUACCUCAUUUCACCUUUCAAAGUGCAAGGUAAUGAACUGGAAAUCUCUGAUUAUACUCCCUAGCUUUUUCCUUUCCUUUCUCCCCUCGCUCUCUCUGAUACUUGCUGUAUGGAUGACAGUCUUUUUCAUGCAGAUUUCUGCAGAAAUGAGUUGCUGCAUUCAGUUGCUAAGUUGCUACUAAACCUAGCCUCGCACUGCGAUCUGAUGCGCAGUUCGUAGAGCAACUGGCUUCCUGGAAAGAUGUUGGUCUUGGGUUUGAUUCCCGACCAGAAUGAGUAUUACUUCGACCGUGAAGGUUUCUUUCUGCGAAGCCCAUAAACGGGUUUCCUUUGAAGCUUCGUGCUACUUUCGGGUAGGUGGAAAGUCUUUCUUGUUGUGAAACUGUCUGCUUUGACUGCGUAAGUGCAUAAUUGUACAUCUCAGUACUUCACCUGCUAGCUUUGCUUGUUGAUUGCUUGGUGAGAGCUUCUACACCCUUUCCCACCUUGACAAAGGCAGGUCGACGCCCAGUCGCAUUUCUCCGAUGGAGAAGCAUGCCUCUGUUUUGUCAUAAUCUUAAAUUAUGCAUCAGCCAUCCGCUUCUCUUUGAUACAGGCUCUCUUGUGGGUGCGAGAAUGUCUUUUUUUGCCAAGGUGAGCGUGUUUGCCGUCAUCAUCAUCAUAUGCCUCAUCACAUUGAUAACUUGUCUCAAGUUUUUAGUUUUCUCUAUGGGUGGAGAGGUGGCCAUUGUUCUCUUGGACAGAUAGGGAGUCUAGCUUGGCAACAAUGUGAUAUGUGCCAAACGGGAAGCACGCACGGUGCGGCACACUCGUUCUCACAGCCGUGUUCCUCGGAUGGGCAGGCGGACAGAGUAGACAUAAGGUUCGGAUGCCAGCCUUUUCGGGUUUCUUAAGAAACGCCGAGAAGGAGGAGCUUUUUCGUCCCACGCUCGCGGUUUUCUUAACGCACAUUCGCGCCACUUUCUUUCCUUCUUUUUCUUUUCCACUAUGUAUAUUCUGAUUACGCUUCACUUGCAUCUCUAGCACACUCUGCAAAGCAUGUUCCGAUGAUUUCACCUUCGUGCGCGUCGCCGACGAUGACCGCAUCGAGUUUCUUCUUCGUACGCUUCUCUUACGCGCGCAGCAACGCUGAGAGCACUCUCCAAAAACUGGGUUACACUUCAGGAGGAGGGCUCGCUCGUUUUGCCUCGCCUGUGUUUACGCGAUGUUUUACUGAAUUGAGUGGGACUCGGGAGUGUUUGGCGUGUUAGAGCCCUAGCUGGAAAUCUUGGAGUUGCUGGUGACUGUAUUUCAUUUUCAAAACACGAAAAGGAGCUAGACAAGUUCAGUCUGAGAGUCGUUUUUCUGUUCUUUUUGCAUUUGCUUGAAGUGUGCAGUUAUUUCUCAAUAUGCUUCACUGAGACUAAGCUUUCUUAGGUGCUUCUUGUGAAAAAGAGUGUUCUUGUCCAGAAGUCCUGGACAGUUGUUUUGUUCUGGUGGCAGGCAUUUUUGUUUUUCUUCGGCAUCGCUACGCAUUGGGUAUUGGGUAGCCCACAAGCAAGCCCUUUCUCGUUCCUCGAUGCUGCAAAUAUUUUGCAGCAGCGGAGCUGGAAAAGAAACAGUGUUGAUCACAAAAACUCGGGGAGCGCUCGCGUAAGCCCUGGCGAAACGCAAGCGGCAUGCCGACCUUUUUAUGCAGCCCUUUCAUGUUGUCAAACACCCGACAACACGCGAAAAAUGCGUGAAUAACCCCAGCGAACACUUUGAGGGUGCCAACACUGCCGGUUCAUGAAAAAAAAAGGAGUGUAAAAACAAAAGACAGAUUGCCAUCAUUGUCCCCUAAUUCCAUGGAAGCUGUUUGCUGUUGUACACAGCUUGUGGAUUUCAAGCAUUCAGAUACAGCAUCCAUAUUCCAAGACUAGCAGGCUUCGAAAUGUAUAGCUUUAAAAUUAAAACAAUGCAGAAGUCUCAUAUACGGCCCCUGUGUGGCCUUUGUGGCGUGUUUCAACGCGGCUUUUACAUUUCGUGUGGGCCUUAUAAACAGUAAUUUUUUGACAGUGUGUGUGAGGCUUGACUGCUGCGGGAAUGAGUUUAGUGUUCUAGGAAUUAGGGCUUCAAAAAGGGCAUGUAAAAAGAAUAUCGAAAAAGGUUUUGGUAUGAGUUGAGAAAAACUGUGUGCAGGUGAGCCUGAGAAUUCUACAAAUAAAAAGAAAAGGCUGAAAAUGUGUAUGGGAAUUGAAGUUAUUAGAUUUUUGGCAUGAAGUAAUUUCUCAGUUGGUCAGCGAGAUGGUUGAUUAAACAUUAUUAUUGGUCGUAUGAGCUUAAUAUGGUAACGGCGAGAAACAAAUACUUAGUGAAGGUGUCUAGUGAAAAAUUCUUGGCAUUAGCAAAGAAAAUUGUUCUGCUGACCUUUAGUUUACUGAGGAUCCCAAGAACGCUGCUUUGGUAUGCAACGAAUGAGAAUUUUUCCUGUGCCGAAAGACUGCAGAGCCUCGUAGAAGGUUAAUAGCUUGCUUGCACACUGAAAUCUUGCUUACCAAAGGUGAAUCAGCAGUGGCCAAAAUAACGACCAAUUGCUUAGUUACCUUACGUAACUAAUAGCUUAGUUAUUUUUUGUAACUAAACAGGUUUCCCGUACUUUGGGCAGGCAGAAGGUUUCUGCCGGCCGGAAGAAGGUGCCCGAUCAUUGCCGUGUAGUAUUAUAUUCUUUCGUAAUGCCUCGCAAGUAAUAAAUGUAGAUAUUUCUUGGGUGGGGUGAAAUAAAAUCGUGUCAGCACCUUCAAAGCGUUGCUUCACUUCCCUCGAAGUAGAGUGCAUUCUACUGAGCGUACAAACCGCUGCCACUAUGCACGAUCAUCGUUACGUUCAUAAACGUGUUUGAGCCAAAUUCGAAUGUAAACGAAAAUCAAAUUGCUUCUCAAUGUAGACCUUGUUAUGAUUAUUUUUUCGUGCCUGUGUGCUGCAGGUGUGUCUCGGUUGCUUAAUUCUUGCGUCUUACCCGGGUUGUUUCAGAUCAGAGAAAAAAAAACACGGCUAGUGUCACGUUUCCUUCUAUUCUUGCGUGUGUUUGCGUGUUUGUGAGCGCUUGCUUUCAGAAUAAUAAUAAGAAUAAUAAAUAAUAAAGAAAUGAAAAGUGGCAGGUACUGCUUUGCAGAGAAAUUGUACAGCAAAUACCCGGCAGGUGAGGCGUACGACAAACCAGUCCCCCUCUGCCCAUUUCCCACACUGUAACAUUGUACCAUACGUCUUUACGAUGAUGUAAAUAACUUUGUUUCCGUUUCUCCUAGUUUUGUACAUGUUCAAUACUACGCUUUGAUAAGCGCUUUGAAGUUAGAGUUGAUAAGAACCCGUACGCUUGUUGCAUAAAACCCUUUCAUCAUCUACUUUUUUUCGUUUUUUUUUCCACAGCACUGCGUAAUAAUUGACUAGAUGGCAGAGACAAGUUGUUGCGUAUCUGUUAAUUUGUGCGCUACUGUACGCACAACAUUCAUAGCUGGCCCUUGCUUAGUGUUUCCCGUUGCUAAAGAAACCCCAUAGCGAAGCAAUAAGUGUGCACCGUGUGAUUUUCGUAGGCUUUGCGCGUUACUUUUGAUGUUGUAGCCGAAUCCUCCCAAAGUGAGAGAAAAGAAGAUGCGAUAUAUACGGUACUGGUCCCGACGCAGCGCACAACGGAAAACAUGCUGUAUAUAAGACAAUAGUAAUGCUUUUCCUGCUCAAACAUGACAUGCGCAAUUUUCGCUUCGACAUUUUCUGGCCGAGACUUUCAUAGUCCUAUCUUUUUUUUUUCUUCGAAUAAAUUUCCCUGAUGCGCAAUUUUCGAGCAGUUCAUCCUGUAGACGUCAAUUUUCUAUGUGAGUAUAUAAGUUUCUUGAAUGUGGAAGGGAACGCUUAAGCCGUACUGAAGCAACGAUUGAUGCCACAGUUGCGUCGAAUAGCUGUCUUGCUGGAGAAUCUUGUUAUUACUUUCUUGAUUUCAGGGAGGACUGUUUAAUGGUCUGCGAAGCAAAAUCAAUCGCUUUUGUUUUUUGAUGUUAGUUUAUGCUGUGCACUGAGAAGAUAUUUGCAGUGCGCUCGUCAGAAAAGCCCACGCGUCACUGGCAACAUUUCGCUUCAUGAAAUAACUGAAUGCCUUGUUCAGCAUUUGCGAUGUAUAUGUAUGAUGUGCAUACUAUAUUUAACAUACAGAUUUGGUCACAAAGAGUACAUUGAUGGUAUAAGUUUUGCUGAAGUGUUCACGCUUUAUUUUAGUCAAAACUCGAGUUUUCUUGUUGCGCGAAUGACUCGCUUUGUUUGCGGGACGCUCGUGCUUUCAUUCACUAGUCACGGGUUCGUGGUUUGCGCUUGAGGAAACGAAGUGCAAGUAGCACUGCCCUUAAGAAAUCUUCAAUUUUGAAUGUAAUCUUCAUUUUAUUCCUCGUCAAGAGUGUACAUGAGAGGUGUGAAAGUCGGUGUUGAGAAAUUCAAAGAACCUUUAACCCACUGUUCCUUGAGACCUGUUAUUGUUAAGGUACGGCCACACUAGUGGCAAGAAACGUGUGUUAGUGCAUUCCUGCAAAGGCCACUUUGGCAAAGGUCUCGCAGUGCUGCAGCGUGACAGGAUCUCACGCGCUCUCAGAAUGUGCAAACAACACCGAGAGUGAGCGUUAUUUUCCCAUUCGUCAGUCAAGCUUUUGUUGCGCCACGAGAUGUCUCUAUUGAAAACUCUGAGUGGAGCAGUUGCAUCCCGGUUGCCAUGCUUCGUGACGUCACCCUCGUCACUCCUGAUUGGUUGUUCGCCUCCUGGCACGCGUCAUUUGCCGCAGAAUUGGGUCUCGACCCAUUUUAUGCAGAACACCACGAAACUCUGAAUUUAUGUCGCCUUUGACGCAUGCGGCACCACAGCAUGAUGUGUCCGUUUUUGCUGCUAGUUUGGCUGUACCCUUAUCCCUCAAAGCAAUUGUCAACAGUUGUCGGAAAACCGGAGCUCAUGUAGGGUCAUGACUUGUUAUUUGCCAACGCUUGUUUCUAGAAUGAUUCGACGUGCCGUGGAGUCACCUGUGUGUUAUACAUCUUCAGUCUGGUUCACUGUCGAAGCGAAUUCACACUGCUACAGUCUUUAGCAGUACCCAACUCCAGUUGCUGGCAGUGCACAAACAAUCUUCGGCCGUAGUUAUGGAUGAACUGGUGCCAUCUGCCGGGGUUGUUCAGUACACAUGCCGGUUUGUUUGUACUUGCCACGAAAGGGUGUUUGCUCUGCAGUUGCGUGUUCCCUCUGGCAGUGAGCCUAACUGCAUGCUUUCUUUGAGAUGCUGCCAUACUGUAAAGGGGCCCUGCAACUGGUUAAUGAAAUUGCAAUAUAUCUCUCGCAUGGGAGUACAGAUUGUGGAGGCACUUCGCAGGGAGAACAUUAUGAAAAACUUAAAGCUUGCGUUCAUCACCACUGGAAAGCGUUUCUCUGGAGGCGUAAAGCAAUUUUUUUUUGUUGUUCUUCCGAUGUUCUAUUUGUGUUCAGUGUUCCCGACGUACAUUCUUCUACUACAGUCUUGUGCAUUCAUCGUUAGUCAUUUCUGCUACAGUACAGGCUAGAAGUCCUAGUUUGUUCGGCUAAUGUUCCACUGAAUCGUUGAAACAAGGGUAGUAAUUCAGGACUGUUCAUCAUUCAUGAUCAUGUAGAAGAGUGCACAAACAAGGGACAAAUAAAUAAGCAGAGACAUACAAGUACAUGUGUGUCUUAUUUGUUCAUCCCUUGUUUACGCACUGUUAUAGACAGUCGGUGAAAUAAUGUUUGUAGGGAGAUGGAGAUUCGAAAUGGUCAGCAAUUGUUGAACAGGUGGUGUGCCUCAGACUCCCCAGCUUGAGGCUGUCCCUUUUUUGGCCACUACUGAUCACUGUUUAAGCCAUGUGGAUACUUUUCUUUCAUAUUACCGUAUUAUGUCUUGUAGAAUUUGUCUGUUAUAAUAAAGUUGCAGGGCCCCUUUGUUGAUGGCAUCAGAGGGUUUGCCUCAAGUGUGCGCCACUUUAGGAAAUGUUUCUAUUGAGACAUACUUUUGUGAUGCAGCGUUAAGGGCAGUUAUCUUGCCAUUCGUUCCUACACGGUGCUGAAAACACUUGUUUUGGGCAUGUUCUGUGACCGAAAUCUGUUGCAGAGAGCAAGAGAAAGAUUUCAGCGUGCUUUGGUGGAUGCAGGAAAUUAUUUUGUUGUUGCUGUUUUCAACGAAUCAUUCUCCAACAUUUCUUCUCCGGAGGAAUUCACGAGCUGGUGUAUGAGGUAAUCUAGUGUUAUUGCGAUGGCUGGGGCUCAUUAAGUGCACCACAUUAAUUGUUGCCGUUGCUCUCUCUCCGGUCUUGAUGCUUUGUAUCUUAAGCUUUUAAAGCUCUUUACGAGUAAUAACGAGUAGGUUGAAGCAUUGCAUACUGGUUUUGCUUUUAUGUACCAACACACGAGAAUGUCGCAAAUAGCAUGCGUGCACUAAAGAUUGUACAUAACUUUGUCGUGGUGUGUGAGUGCAUGCCAUCCGCUGCUAAAACUUGUGAAGACAUGUUUGUUAAUUGUUUGUGGCAUAGGCACUGCAGUAAAUGACACGUAUAACGAAAAUAGACAACACGGCUGCUGACUGAGAAAGAAAGGAAAAACACCUUGAAAGCUUUUAGAAACCUUUGUUGGUAUUGAAAGACCACAGAAUUUUUACACUCGUUGAAAUUUAUCGAAAAUUUGUUGCUUGUGCUUUCUGUGCACCUUUUCUGCAUUGUAAAAGUGCAUAACAUUUUAUGGAUUUUAAAGAGAAAGCUUGGAUUGUGAGCACACUGAAUGCUUUGGUGUAAUGUUCUGCCCUAGUUUUGUGCUUUAAGACUGCAAAUUGUUUUUGAAUGGUAUAUAUGCUUUUUCUGUACAGACUGUGCCAGCGAGUGUGAGCUUUCUGCAAGGCAGGGUAUUCCGCAGAGUUUUACCACAGUGCUAAACUUGCCAGCAUAUCAAAAUACAAUGUCAUUAAGCGUGUUAGUAUUUCAUACCUCGAGAUCUUCAUGUUGGUUCAAGCGGGCUUAAAACAAAGUAAAAAAAAAGUAAGCACAGCCUUUGAAACAAUGCAUGAAAAAACUUUCUGGGCGGGGUAGAGCAGAGGAGACUGUUUUCGGAUUUGAGUAAUAAAUGCUUACGUGCUGACGUUCCAAAACUCCCAGAUUUAUGGCACUGAAAAGUGCAUGAACGCUUGACGCUGGAGAUCUUUCGAAACAAUGACAACAAAUGAGGUACUAAGCUCAUUGUGCAACAGUGCACAAAAUAGGUCGAAAUACUGGAUGAGCUUUCGUAGAUUAAGUGUGGGAGAAAUGUCAAUAAAAUAUUAUAACUUAUUUCGUUUCGAACUUCUAAAGAGUGUAGGCACCAAGAUCUGAUGCUAGCGUGACAUGAAACUGACUAGAGCAUGAACUUUGCGUGCUUGCAAGGAAUGCUGUGACGAAUUUUGAUAGAGAACAGGCGAUGUAAACCAGUUUGUUUGAGCUUUGAAAUCUAGAAAUGAAGCAUGGCACGUUUUCCAAUAACCUUUAGCGAAAACAUCAGGGAAGAGCUGAAAAAGUUGGAACAUUGGAGAGGUGUAUUGCAGCUGCACAAUCCAUUAGAACUGGUGCCACGAUGUGGUGGUGGACGUGUGAAAUUUAGCAGACGGCACAUCGAUUUGCUAAUGUUACCACUUUGGUACUCCACGUGAUGUGGCUGUCACGUCAUACUAAUUCACGUCGUCACAUGGAGGUUUUCCACUUCUUGGUGGGAGUUUAUGAAGUCUUCAUCGAAGAUUUUGGUUGUCUACACUCAUUUAAUGCUGUUGUCACAUUUAAAAAUGUUGAUUCUGGUUUGUUGUCAUAUCAGCCUAAUGGAAGCUGAUCGCAUGAUGUCUACCAAUUGCUCGUGACUGUGUUUGUUUGGUUACGCUAAACCAAGUGAAGUUGAAUGUUUUCUUAAAUUAAGUCCUCUCUUUUCACAUAAUUUUUGUACUCUUAAUGCAGUUCAUAUUCUCAUUAUUAUAAAGAUGGUUCGCAAAAUAUUUUGUUGCCUUGCAGAUUGCAUUUUCUAUUUAAUUCAAGGUUCUUGUACUUAGUUUCAUGUGCAAGUCUAUUUUGUAUUCUUCAGACUUGCGUCAUAGAAAUAAAUCAGUGGAGAAUGCAAUGUUCUAUUUCCUGAAGCUGUUUGCUACAGUGAGGGCAAGCUUUCUUAAACAUUAGCAUCAAACGCACACACCAUAAAAGAUACUCUCGUCUGGUGCUAAUGUAAAGAUGUCAUGUUCAGCCACUGUUCGGCUGUUCAACUAGUAUUAUGUCUCAAUGUGUGCCACGAAGUGUUGCUUGAAAUUAGGAGCAUUCAGUGUUCCAUGUUUUGAGGGUGCUAAUGACUGGACGAUUACGACACAUUCAUUGAAAAAUCUGCAAUGCUGAGCAUAAUUGCCAAGUUCCUCUUGCUUCAGAUGCAGUCUUGAACAGAAGACGUAGUAGUGCAAGGUAAAAAAAAAAACAUAAAAAAAUAAAUUCUCUACUCUCCCCCGCCUCCCACAUUCUGAAAUGUGUGUCUGCGUCCCAGAGUGAAAUCCCGGUAUUAGUGACAUGGCGCGGAGGCUUGUCACAUACUACCAAUAGUAUAUAUAUACAAAUAUGUGUAUCUAUAUAUAUAAAUAUAUAAAUAUAAAUAUAUUGUGUAUACUCCCCAAGCCUACAUGCAAACGUGACAUGUAGCUGUACGUGCCCUGUCAGCAAUGGUUUCUGGUUCACCUUAGUGAACGUCAACUAGUCAUUGCCUGUUCCAAACUGUAGCUAUAACAUCUCUGUUUCUCAACACAGAUACCUGCUGUCCUCUCUCUUCAUCCUCCUCCCCUCCCUUCUUUCUUUACUCUGCUGUAGCGUCUUUAAGCGAAUAAAUUUAAAUUUUGGCAUUUUU